ACCGCCAGCACAUGGAUAAGCCAUGUCAGAUACCUGAGCUCUCACCGUGGUUGGGCUCCUUAGCGGCCCAAGUCAGUCUCACACGACGAAUACCAUGUUUCGUUCCACGAUAUCAUUCGUACUCAAAGACUAUACUCAUAAUACCGUUGUCAAUGAGGGGAAACCAUGUGGCGCGACAAGAUAUGCCCGGUUGUGUCAAGACUCCGCCCAAAUGGCUUGUCCACGAAAGCAAGCCGGCGGUUGCUGUGCAGAAAUCGUUUAUACAAUGGGCUGAUUAGAUGGUAUUUGGUGGUAUUAUCUACAUGAGAUGCCCCUCUAAUCUUUCCUUCGUUCUUCCCUACUGAUCUCUCGUUACACAAAGUACGCCAUACUAAAAACCAAUACACACACACCCACGCAUGACUUCCGUGUUGCUAGAAGUCGACUACCCUAUGGUCGAAAUGGAGUCGACUUUGUCAGGCAGUUCUUCUUCAUCGACAUCCACUUAUGGGAACGGGCUUUUGGAGUGGCCUGAGCUGCUACCGGGCUACGCCCCUCAAGAUAUACCUGACGCCGUGGAAGAGCAAUGGCUACAGCACUCUUGUCCACCAGAGCUGAAAACACUAUCAAUCAAGCUACCAAGCGUAGUUGCGGAAAUUGUGAGGCGCUCUGGGGCUGUGGAAACAUAUCUGCCAGCUUUAGAAGGUGACAGUGUCAAUUUCCAAGAGGAGGUUCUAGAACAAGACGAGGAUCAUUCAACUCUGCAUCGGCCUGACUCCUCUCUACCUCGCUCUUCGGUACACCAGGUCGCCCUUUCUGAACCACCGAUUUGCAGAUCAACAUCUAGAUCUCUAAAUUUACGACUCAGAUCUCUGUUCCAGAGAUCCUGUUCCCAGAAAAGAGGGGAGUGUGUAAGCUGCUUCACAGAGUUACGAGUCAAAAGAUUAGUCUUGCUUUCUUGUGGACAUAGUUACUGCAAGGACUGCCUCGCUCGAAUGGCGCUCAUGGCUACAAGAGAUGAAAGUCUGUUCCCGCCGCGUUGCUGUUUUCAAGAGAUCCCCAUGAAAAAGAUGGUUACCUACCUUUCUUCGAAAGAAAAAAAGCAGUACAUGUCCAGGAUACGUGAGUACGCCGUUUCUGUGGCAAACCGUUGGUACUGUCCGUCACCGCAAUGCGGGCAAUGGAUCCCGUUGAAGGAUAUUAAAGAGGGUUCCAACUCUCAGCGAUGUCCCCACUGCAGAGUCAGUAUCUGCUCAAGAUGCCGUGGGAUAUCUCACGGUCAAAAACAGUGUUCCUAUGAUACCGGUCUGCUUGCGGUUCUCGAUGAGGCAAGAAACCAACAGUGGCAAAGAUGCUGGGGCUGUAGGUCUGUGGUCGAGCGGACAUAUGGGUGUCUUCACAUCACCUGCCGGUGCGGGGCAGAGUUCUGCUAUAAAUGUGGAGCGCGAUGGGGGGAGCGAAUGCAACCAUGCUCCUGUGAUGACACGCCUGCAGAGAACAUAAAUCUUAUACACAACGAUUUACCUGCUGCUGGUGAUACUGAUGACGACGAGGCCCAAAUUACUGCUGCCAUUGCAGCAGUUGGGUAUCUUCAGAGAAGGGAUGCAAUGGAAACAGAGGAAGCAGAAGAAGCAGCCAGACGAGAGCAACUAAGUCGCGAAAAUGCACGGAUUCAGGAAGAGGCAGCUGCACGCGCACGUGAAUUUCAACGCUUGGAGUCCAUUGACGAGCGGAUGACCCUCUUACAGAGAUAUCUCUUCGAGAUCAACAAGCUUCAACAAACCACUAUGAUCGACCGACAAAAGGAAGAGGUGGUUUCGCUUCUUGCUGAGCAGCAGUCCUACAUGGAGCGAUUUGAGAGUGACCGCAACGCAUUGAUUGACAGGACACAGAAGAACCACGAACACCGCGUCGAGAAAGCGAAGUCUGUCCAAGUUAAAGAGGCCGCCAGGCUGAAUGCGAUCCACAUCGAGCAGGAGAUCAAGCUGAUCUUGAACCUUCCAUCAUAUUUCCAUAAUCAGCCCGAUGCCGAAAAGCGAAGCUUAGCCGUGCUCGAGAGACUUCGAGAAAGACAGAAGACCACCAAAGCGCAACUUGAGAAAGCACACGACGAGGCCGUAGUGGCGCUGGAGGAAAGAGGGAGAGUUGAACGCGUGGCUCUCGAGACGUCGCUCAAGUCGAGAUCGGAGGUUGAGCAGGAACAAGCGAAGACAGCCCGCUCGUUCAUGAUCCAGCACCUGGCCUACGACCGUUACUGGUUCAACGAGGCUGUGAAGAAGCGGCAAGAGCUGCUGGAAAGGUACAGGCUCGAGAUGAUCGAGAGCGAGAGACAAAUUGAAGAACUAGAUUUUGAAGAAGCCAGCAGUGGAAGACCCGUUGACUCGUCGGACAGCGAUUUUAUCGACCUCACACAUCUCUUCCUACAUACCAUACUAUGAGAACGUACCCACGACUGUUAACCACAUUUGAAGUUUGCAGGGCCGGUUCCUACCUCUUGACUGUCGAUUUAUCCAUAUAACCCUUACCAUAUUAUAUUAUCAGCACUUCGAUGUGCACUUUUGCUAGGGAGAAAACCGUGAAUGCGUCUUUAAAAUGGCGCCCAUUUUGCUUUAUCCCCUCUCAUCGAGACCAUUUAUGACUAUCACAACACUAGUUACCAAAAAGCUUGGUCCACCCCCAUAUGAAUGCCUACAUAAAGAUGGCAAACGCCGAAUGACUUGCUGGAUUUGCCUGAGCGUUAUUAACGAAGUAAAGUCGUAGAGGCGACGAGGCCUAUAGUAAUACAAAACCAAGCAAGUGACACGCAAAACCCUAAUCUACUGUUUUGGCCUUAUCGCCACCCCUCUUCAGCUGGGG